UUGGCGGUGCCAGGUGUGUUCAAACCUGUAGCAGACAAACGCUCGCAGAUGUCUUUCAGCUCAGUCAUCAUGGGCUGGAUCUCAAAAGCCUAAACCGCCAACCGGUAAAGGCUGCCGCCCGUCUAUUUUCAGCCUGCCCACAGGUAUGAGGGAUUUCUCAUUGACGCACUAAAUUUCAGCGACAGACACUCCACGAUCUAUCGCCGAGUAAGUAAAAAAUAUUCUCUGUUUACAUUUUUGUAGUGCUUCACUUUGCGAGGCUCCUCUACAAGACGAAAAGAAGCGCGGAUAUGGUUCCAGAGUAGCGACGGAGAGCAUAAAACCUUGAUUGUCUUCUUGUUAACCAUAUCGCUGCAUGCAGUCAACUCUCCUGUUUUACGCACAGAAAGCGCUCGGAAUUAUUGCAACCAAGGCAACUGUGCGCACACUGGAGCAUAAGCCCGUGGGAUGACAGAGCUCAGCGGCAAAUUCACGGGUGAACAUAAGCCUCACAAAUGUCAAAAAGAUGAAAUCCCCAGCAGGUCGCGGGAAUAACUCAGGACGGUUUAUUAGGCCGCGUCACUUCGCGCUCAUUUAACAAACCAAAGCGACUCCUACCAGUUAGAUUGUUAGUUAUUUGAAAAGGGGAUAACCAUGUCUAGAACAUUGAAGAAGAAGAAACACUGGUCCACUAAAGUGGUGGAGUGCGCCGUGUCAUGGGGGAACCUGGGAGACUUUGGCUCCGUGGUGGAGGUCCUCGGAGGAGCAGAGCUUGGACAGUUCCCCUACCUGGGCCAGAUGAAGCUGGACGUGCUGGUGUGUCACGUCGGGAAGCUGCCAUACUACGGCGACGUUCUGCUGGAGGUGAACGGGACGCCUGUCAGUGGACUUACAAACCGGGACACACUGGCUGUCAUUCGCCACUUUCGGGAACCGAUUCGCUUGAAGACCGUCAAACCAGGAAAAGUAUUGAACACGGACCUGCGCUACUACCUCAGUCUGCAGUUUCAGAAGGGCUCGCUGGACCACAAGCUCCAACAGAUCAUACGGGACAACCUCUACCUACGCACCAUCCCCUGCACAACGCGGCUUCCUCGAGAGGGGGAGGUGCCGGGCGUGGACUACAACUUCAUCAGUGUUGGAGACUUCAGGAUCCUGGAGGAGAGUGGCCUUCUGCUAGAAAGUGGAACCUAUGAUGGUAACUACUAUGGUACGCCAAAGCCUCCGGCAGAGCCCAACCUGGUGCAGCCUGACCUGGUGGAUCAGGUGCUGUUUGAUGAAGACUUUGGUGGCGAGGUUCCCAGGAAACGUACAACCUCAGUCAGUAAGAUGGACCGGAAGGACAGCGCUGUACCCGAGGAGGAGGAUGAUGAUGAGCGGCCACCGCUGGUCAAUGGAUUGCCCGAACACAAAGAGGGGGCAGACUGGAGGAAAACGGUGCCCAGCUACACUCAGUCCAGCAGCACCAUGGACUUCCGCACGUGGAGCUCUCUUCCCCGUGACGACAGCUUGGAGCCCCUGCCCUUCAACUGGGAGAUGGCUUACACUGAGACCGGCAUGGUCUACUUCAUAGAUCACAAUACCAAGACGACCACGUGGUUGGACCCCCGCUUGGCGAAGAAGGCAAAGCCCCCUGAGAAGUGCGAGGAUGGCGAGUUACCUUACGGCUGGGAGGAAAUUGACGAUCCACAGUAUGGCACGUACUACGUUGACCACAUCAAUCAGAAAACCCAGUUUGAGAACCCGGUCCUGGAGGCAAAGAAGAAGCUGAGCCAGGAGACUGCAGCGAUUCAACAAGCUGCAGCAGCACCUUCUCAAGGUAAGGGAGGUGCAUCUGGCUUCACAGCAGACCGCAGCCAGCUGAAAGGGGAGAUUUACCAGACUGUGCUGAAAAAGAGCUCCCAAGGUUUUGGAUUUACCAUCAUAGGAGGCGACCGCACAGAUGAGUUUCUGCAGGUGAAAAAUGUGCUCAGCGAUGGCCCUGCUGCCCAAGACAAGAAGAUGGCAUCUGGUGAUGUAAUUGUUGAGAUUAAUGGGAUAUGUGUCCUGGGGAAGACCCAUCCGGAGGUAGUGCAAAUGUUCCAGUCCAUUCCCAUUAACCAGUAUGUGAACAUGGUUCUUUGCCGCGGAUACCCGCUUCCUCCUGACGUUGAUCUAGACAGCGAUGAUCCUCUUCCCCCUCCUCCUCCGCCACCGGCCGCCCAGUCCCAGCAGGCUCUACAUGGUGGAGAGGUGGUGACAGCUGUGCCCCUUAUCAAUGGACAGCCGCUGCUCGUGAAAGGUGACGUCCUCCACGGCUCCUCACAGGAGCUUCACUAUGUUACCACUGAUGCCAGUGGCCGUCCUGUUGUGGCUGCUUUACCAAACGGGAGGCAGGGUGGAGAAGGGGCCACAACGAUGCUCCAACCAGAGCUGGUGAGCGUCCCCCUGGUCAAGGGACCUGGUGGAUUUGGGUUUGCCAUUGCUGACUGCCCUCUGGGGCAGAAGGUGAAGAUGAUCUUGGAUGCCCAGUGGUGCCGUGGCCUGCAGAAAGGAGAUGUGAUUAAGGAGAUCAACAGGCAAAAUGUGCAGACGCUUAGCCAUGCACAAGUGGUGGACAUCCUUAAAGACUUGCCAGUGGGCAGCGAGGUCAAUGUGCUGGUGUUGCGAGGAGGUCAAACCUCCCCCGUGAAGAGUCUGAAGCCUAGACAGGAAAUGACGGCCAGUACAGAAACUCUGGACACUGUCGCAGACUCAGCGCCACAGGCGUUGCCUUACCACUCCAACACAAGCACCCUGCGCUCUGCCGACUCUCCCAAAAGAGAUGUUACAGAGAUGUACUUGAAGUCCAAAGCCCUUUUGGAGAGCAGACAGCCUCACACCAAAGAUAUAGAUGUUUUUCUGAAGCGGGAUAUUGAAACAGGCUUUGGCUUCCGUGUUCUGGGAGGAGAAGGGCCACAACAGCCAAAUGUAUUUCCCCAGGUGUACAUUGGUGCCAUUGUGCCUAAUGGAGCUGCAGAGAAGGACGGGCGUCUCAGAGCAGGAGACGAGCUUAUUGGCAUCGAUGGUGUGAUCGUCAAAGGUCGUUCACACAAGCAGGUUUUGGAUCUCAUGACCAACGCUGCCCGUAAUGGUCAAGUUAUGCUGACUGUUCGUAGGAAGGUCAUCUAUAGAGAUGCAACAGAGGAAGAAGCUCAGGAAAUGGCUCCGGUGCUGGUGAAUGGUUCUCCCAUACUACCUCGCCUAUCGAUGCCGAGCGCACUGGACCACGAGUCUUUUGACAUCACGCUCCACCGCAAGGAAACUGAGGGCUUUGGCUUUGUGAUCCUCACAUCCAAGAGCAAACCUCCGCAUGGAGUUAUCCCACACAAAAUUGGCCGCAUCAUCGAGGGCAGCCCCACUGACCGCUGCGGCCUGCUGCACGUCGGGGAUCGUAUCUCAGCGGUCAAUGGACGCUCCAUCAUCGAGCUCUCUCACAAUGACAUCGUCCAGCUUAUCAAGGAUGCCGGCAAUGUUGUCACCCUCACUGUGGUUCCUGAAGAUGAGUACAAGGGCCCUCCAUCAGGAGCAAGUUCAGCAAAACAGAGUCCAGCUCUUCAGCACAGAGCCGUGGGGCAAAGGUCAGCGCUGCAGGACGAACGUUAUAAUCUGGACAUGGAGGAGAAAAAGGAAGGACUCAACUGGUCUGAUCACAAAACUCUUCCGCUUGGUGAGACGGGAACGCUGUGUGUGACGGGGCCCAAUCAGGGUUGUCUGACGGUGGAGUUGGAGAGAGGGCCCAGGGGCUUUGGCUUUAGUCUGCGGGGGGGUACAGAGUAUAACAUGGGCUUGUACAUCCUGAGACUUGCAGAAGACGGGCCUGCUCAGCAAGACGGAAGAAUCCAUGUCGGAGAUGAGAUAGUAGAGAUUAAUGGGGAGCCCGCUCGUGGCAUUUCGCACACACGGGCUAUUGAACUGAUCCAGGCUGGAGGAAACAAAGUGGUACUGCUGCUGAGACCCGGGGCAGGUCUGGCUCAAGAUGCGAGUAAUACAGCUUCCUCUACUGUGUGCUAUUACACUGAGCACCAACACUAACACCUUCACUGCUUUUACUGGGCUCUUCUCUUUUACCUUGGUCGACGUGAUCAAAAAGUCGUUUCACCCACAAGCUAUUCUGGAGAAGUUUUCUCUGACACAUCACCCCUUUCCUCUCCAUAUCCCACCGGGGCUUCCACCUUUUUUUCCUCUCCUUUCUCCAGCAAAUUGAAGCAUUCU